CUAGAAUUUCCUCCCAUAAUCUUCCAACCACGCUAAUAAAUACCCCGCAUUCUCCACGAAGCACGCAUAACGAAAAUAAUCAUCAAACAUAAAAUCUCUACCAAAACAACAACAACAAUGGAUUUCAGGUUGAUGGGUUUGGAUUCACCACUCUUCAACACCAUCCACCACAUAAUGGACCUCACAGACGACACAACAGAGAAGAAUCUAAACGCACCAACACGAACCUACGUUCGCGACGCAAAAGCAAUGGCUGCAACACCAGCAGACGUGAAAGAGUAUCCAAACUCAUACGUGUUCGUGGUGGACAUGCCAGGGUUGAAAUCUGGUGACAUCAAGGUUCAGGUUGAAGAUGAGAAUGUGCUUCUGAUAAGCGGUGAAAGGAAGAGAGAAGAAGAGAAAGAAGGUGGUAAAUAUUUGAAGAUGGAAAGAAGGGUUGGUAAGUUUAUGAGGAAAUUUGUGUUACCAGAGAAUGCUGAUGUUGAAGGUGGUGUUUCUGCUGUUUGUCAAGAUGGUGUUCUUACUGUUACUGUUAAUAAGUUGCCUCCUCCUGAACCUAAGAAGCCUAAAACUAUUCAGGUUAAGGUUGCUUGAGAAUGAAUCAAUGUUUGGAGAAUAAGGGCUAUGUCUGCUUUUUUGUUUUAGUCUGUUUGUGCGUGUGUGGCAAUGGUUUUUUGUCUUUUGUAAUUGCCGAUUAUCAUGCUAUGUACUAGUAAUGUGUAAUAAUCUCAGUAUGAAUGAAUUUUGAUUUGCCUA